GGAAAUGGGCUUAUUAAUAUGUAUGCUAAAUGUGGUGAUAUUGAUCAUGCAAGAUCAGUAUUUGGGCUCAUGGUUGAUAAGGAUUCAGUCUCAUGGAAUUCCAUGAUUACUGGUCUUGACCAGAACAAGUGUUUUGAAGAUGCAGUCAAGAGCUACAAUUCAAUGAGGAAAACUGGUUUGAUGCCUUCCAAUUUCACUUUGAUAAGUGCUUUGAGUUCAUGUGCAAGCUUGGGUUGCAUUUUGCUGGGACAACAACCACAUGGGGAAGGUAUCAAAUUAGGACUUGAUAUGGACGUUUCAGUUUCAAAUACCCUUCUUGCAUUGUAUGCUGAAACUGGACAUCUAGCUGAAUGCCAGAAAGUUUUCUCCUGGAUGCUGGAGCGUGAUCAAGUAUCAUGGAACACUGUGAUUGGGGCAUUAGCUGAUUCAGGGGCAUCGGUUUCUGAAGCUAUGGAUGUUUUCUUGGAAAUGAUGCGAGCUGGAUGGAGUCCUAAUAGAGUAACCUUCAUAAACUUACUUGCUUCCGUUUCAUCUCUCUCAACAAGUAAACUGAGCCACCAGAUACAUGCUCUAAUACUGAAAUACAAUGUUAAGGAUGCUAAUGCCAUUGAGAAUGCUCUUUUGGCGUGCUAUGGAAAGUCUGGAGAGAUGGAAAACUGUGAGGAAAUCUUUUCUAGAAUGUCUGAGAGAAGAGAUGAGGUUAGUUGGAAUUCAAUGAUUUCUGGAUAUAUACAUAACGACCUCCUGUGCAAGGCCAUGGAUUUGGUCUGGUUAAUGAUGCAGAGGGGUCAGCGAUUGGACUGUUUCACGUUUGCCACUGUUCUUAGUGCUUGUGCCACUGUGGCCACACUAGAGCGUGGAAUGGAAGUACAUGCCUGUGCAAUAAGAGCUUGUUUAGAAUCUGAUGUUGUAAUUGGGAGCGCACUUGUUGAUAUGUACUCAAAAUGUGGAAGAAUAGAUUAUGCAUCGAGAUUUUUUAAUUUGAUGCCUAUGAGGAAUUUGUAUUCUUGGAACUCAAUGAUAUCAGGCUAUGCACGCCAUGGCUAUGGAGACAAUGCUUUGAGGCUUUUCACACGAAUGAAGCUCAGUGGUCAAUUACCUGAUCACAUUACCUUUGUCGGGGUGUUGUCUGCUUGUAGCCACAUUGGUUUAGUUGAUGAAGGGUUUGAAUAUUUUAAAUCCAUGACUGAAGUGUAUGGACUGGUUCCUCGUGUAGAACAUUAUUCAUGUAUGGUUGAUCUUCUUGGACGGGCUGGUGAAUUAGAUAAGAUAGAUAAUUUCAUUAAUAAGAUGCCAAUUAAGCCUAAUAUUCUUAUUUGGAGAACAGUUUUAGGCGCUUGCUGCCGAGGAAAUGGUCGAAAGACAGAAUUAGGUAGGAGGGCUGCUGAAAUGCUGUUCAAUAUGGACCCUCAAAAUGCUGUCAUGAACAUCUACCCUUUUUUUCUUCAAUUUUAGAUAGUCUUGGAUUUGCAUAGAGAAGGAAAGUGACCAUACAAGAGGAAUGAAUAAUCAUCUUAUAAUGAAAAGAAUUCCGAGUUAAAUCCCAACCGUUCAAUUGAUUUUAAAAGGUUCCAUUUCAAUCAAAAAAGAUCUUAAGAGCUUCCAUCGAGCAAGCAUCAACAUUUGGGCAUCUAAAUGAAAUAUAAAUACUAGCUUAUUUAACUCCGCUUCCUCCCAAAUUAAAACAAAAAAAAACCCCGGCGCACUUCUCUCUCUCAAACCACCUCACACCCGUCUCUCUCUCCCUCUUUUUGUUGCGUCUUUGGAUCAAAAAGCUUGGUAGUCUAAGGGUUGGUGCUGGUAAUUUGGUUUAUUGUAAUGGAAUCGAAAGGAAGUGAAAUCGAUGAAUUUGAAAAGGCAUUGGAAUCUGCCUUGGAUGGAAGCACAGAAGAAGAGGAAGAAGAUGAAAACGAAGAAGGAGAAUAUAGUGAUGACGAUGAAGAGGAAGAAGAUGAUGAUGAUGAAGAAGAAGAAGAAGAAGAAGAAAAUGCUUUGGAUUCAAUGGAACAAAAUCAACAAUUUGAAUAUGAAGCUCUCGCCGAGAAAAAACGAAAAACACUUGCUGAUGCCAAGGGUGAAGGGUCAGCGAAGAAGGCAAGGCAAGAGGACAUGACUGGAGCUAGCUUGGCUGAAAUAGAGGAGAUAAUGAAUUUUGGUAUGCGAAAAAAGAGACGACGACGAAUGCCCAAGAGAAGAGGCAGGCGGAAGGGAUCAAAAAACAAACUUAGCCCUGAAAUUACACGGAUGUUGGGUGAUGCUACUCUUCACUAUGCUCAUGGUAAUUAUGAAGAGGCUUUAACAGUUUUGAGUGAGGUUGUUAAACGAGCACCGCUAGUGGCUGACUCAUACCAUACACUUGGACUUGUCCAUAAAGCCCUUGGAAAUACUGAAAAAGCUAUGAAAUUUUAUAGGAUUGCUGCAUUUCUGAGACCGAAAGAUUCAUCUUUGUGGAAACUACUUUUUAGCUGGCACGUAGAACAAGGAGACAUAGCUCGAGCAUGGAAGUGCCUUUCUAAAGCUAUAAGUGCUGAUCCUGAUGAUAUUAGUCUAAGAUCCCUUCAUGCAUUAUUUUAUGAUGAACUUGGAGAUCAUCAAAGAGCUGCUGAGUCAUAUGAACAAAUUGUUCGAAUCUGUCCUGAGGAUGUUGAAGCAAUAAAGACAGCUGCAAAGAUGCACCUCAAUUGCGGUCAGAUUAAACGAUGUGUAGGCAUUUUGGAAGAUUAUCUCAAGGGUCAUCCAUCUGAAGCUGAUUUAAGUGUAAUCAUUUUGCUGGCUGAUGUAUUCAUGGAAAUUGAUGCACAUAAUAAUGCUCUUCAGCAUAUUGAGCAUGCUCAGAUGAUCUACUAUUCAGGAAAAGAACUGCCUUUGGAAUUAAUGAUUAAAGCAGGAAUCUGCCAUGUUUUCCUGGGAAAUAUUGAGAAGGCAGAGAUUCACUUUAGUGCACUACAACAGGAGAAUUUCUCCAUUCAUCCUGAAUUCAUUACUAAAGUUGCUGAUGCAUUUAUGAGUACUGAGUGUUUUCACUCUGCGUUGAAGUAUUAUCAUAUGCUGGAGUUGAAUGUUGGAGCUGACAAUGAGGGCGAAAUCCAUGUGAAAAUUGCUCAGUGUUACUUAUCCUUGAAUGAUCGUGCAAAAGCAAUUAUGUUCUUCUACAAAGCUUUGCCCAUGCUCAAAGAUAGCAUUGAUGCCCGAGUGGCUUUGGCGUCGCUCAUCCUUGAAGAUGCUAAAGAAGAUGAGGCUAUUUCUUUGCUUUCUCCUCCCAAAGAUUUGGAUGCAGAUUCUCUCGAUUCUAAUUCCUACAUGCAAAACCCAUGGUGGCUUGAUGGGAAAAUAAAACUAAAGCUUUGCCACAUAUAUAAAGCCAAAGGGAUGCUUGAAGACUUUGUUAAUACAAUAUCACCCUUGGUCCGUGAGUCACUCUAUGUAAAAACCCUUCGUCCAAAGGUGAAGAAAAGGCUGACAAUAAGUGUUCUGCGUGAAAGAAUCAGUAUUCUGAAUGUUCAGGAAAAUGAUGAUGUUUUUGGAGAAGUGAGACCACUGGCUUCUAAAUCAGAUCUAUUGAGAGCUUGCAGAGCAAGAAAGUUGCUUCAAAAGAAGGAAGAACAGAAAGCAGCUGAUAAAGCUGCUGGUAUUGAUUUGCCUAGUGACUAUUCAGAUGAUGAAUCUCUGCUAGAAAACAGAGUUUCUCCUCUGCAUGAUUUUUUAAAGGACGAAGCGCAUCAUGAUCUUAUUAUAGAUUUGUGCAAGGCAUUGCAAUCGUUGCAAAGAUAUUCUGAAGCUCUGGAGAUUAUAAAUCUCACCCUGAGAUUGGUUUCUGAUAAACUGCCUGGUGAUAGGGAGGAGCAACUUCAGUCUCUUUUAGCUCAAAUAUCUUUUAACGCCACGGAUCCUAAACAUGGUUUUGAUUAUGUAAGAUCUGCUAUUCAGAAACAGCCGCACAGCAUUGCUGCCUGGAACUGUUAUUACAAAAUAACCUCAAGAUUGGGAAAGAGCCACUCAAAGCAUGCCAAAUUUCUACGUUACAUGCGAAACAAACAUAAAAGGUGUGUUCCACCUAUAGUCAUUUCUGCUCAUCAGUUUACCAUGCUCAGCCAUCAUCAAGAUGCUGCAAGAGAAUACCUAGAAGCUUAUAAACUGAUGCCAGAAUGUCCUCUAAUUAAUCUGUGUGCGGGAACUGCCUUGAUCAACUUGACCCUUGGAUUUAGACUCCAAAAUAAGCACCAGUGUCUUGCACAAGGCUUGGCAUUCCUCUAUAAUAAUUUACAGCUAACAGAGAAUAGCCAGGAGGCAUUAUAUAAUAUCGCCCGUGCCUAUCAUCAUGUUGGACUAGUGUCUCUAGCAGCUUCAUAUUAUGAAAAGGUGCUUGCAGCUUGCGAGAAGGAUUACCCCAUUCCGAAACUUCUGAAUGAGAAUUCAGAAAUGGAAAAUAUGAAACCAGGUUACUGUGACCUGCGCAGAGAAUCUGCUUAUAAUUUGCAUUUAAUAUAUAAAAACAGUGGAGCAUUUGAUCUUGCUAGGCAGGUCUUGAAAAAUCACUGCACUUUCUGACUAAACAUCCUCGACACUGACAUCAACUGGUUUGCAAGAAUUGCAGGUCUUCUUUUUUGCACAUAUAGCUCUCUAAAACGAACAUUAGGUAAAUUUAUUAUUUAACUCUUUCCAACUUUUAUUUUAUUUUAUUUUGUACUUUUCUCUGUCAUGGAGUUUCUUUGGGGUGCCAUUUUCAAUGUUCUUAACUGUACCCACCCAGAGAAGAGGAUUUGUCAACAGAAACUUUACUACCAUUUAGCAAAACUGGGUAUGCCUCUUCGAGCUA